CACACCAUCACAGUACACACACACACACGCACACGCUCAUCAAGCUUCUCUCUCGCCUACUCGGCUGCAAUGGCGCGCUUCCAGCUCGCGGCCCUGGCCAUGGCAAUGCUCUUCGCCGCCGCGGCGGCGCAGGCCCCGGCCGCCACCCCGACGCCGGCUCCCAAGGCGUCUCCUCCCCCGCCGGCGACGCCGCCUCCGACGCCCGCGACCCCGCCGCCCGCCCCGGCGCCGGUGUCGCCGCCCGCCCAGCCUCCGGCCACGCCUCCCCCGGCCCCGGCGCCCGCUCCCAAGGCCCCCGCCCCCGCGCCCGAGGCCCUUGCCCCGGCGCCCAAGGCCGAGGCCCCGACCCCCGAGAUGAGCUCCCCGCCGAUGCCCACGGAGGGCCCCGCCCCGACGCCCUCCGCCGAGGUGCCCCCUGCCCCCAGCGCCGCCGCCGCCGUCUCCCCCGCCGCCGCCAAGUGGUUCGCCGCCGCUGCCGCCGUGGCCGCCGCCGCCGCCGCCUUCUACUGAGAGAAGGGAGAUCUGCACUGCCCCGUGCUGUAAUUUAUUUGUUAUCCGUGUUGAGCCGUUGAUUCCUUCUUUUUUUUUCUUUUCACCAUUUUUUUUCUUCCAUCCGAAUAUCCAUAUUCCAUUCGGCAUUCGAUUCAGUAGGACUGGCGGCAUCUGUUCGUUCGUGUUGCUACAGUGUAGGACCGUGGCUCGGACAGAUUGGUUGGGCUGGCUCGGUGGUGUUGUGCUCCGUUCAUCCAUUUGUAUAAUACCCUGUUGAUUCUCUUUCGCA